AUGAUCAAGGGUCAUGUUGUCCACAACUGGAAGGUGCGAUGGUUUGUCCUUCGGCAGAACACGCUGCUGUACUACAAGCUCGAGGGGGGUCAGAAGGUGACCCCUCCCAAGGGCCAGAUCCUUCUGGAUGGCUGCACCAUCACCUGCCCCUGCCUGGAGUAUGAAAACCGACCCCUCCUCAUUAAGCUGAAGACCCGAACGUCCACAGAAUACUUCCUGGAGGCCUGUUCUCGAGAGGACAGGGACGCCUGGGCCUUUGAGAUCACAGGGGCUAUUCACGCUGGGCAGCCUGGGAAGGUCCAGCAACUCCAUGUACAGAGGAACUCCUUCAAGCUGCCCCCUCACAUCAGCCUGCAUCGCAUCGUGGACAAGAUGCAUGACAGUGGCAGUGGAAUCCGGCCGAGCCCCAACGUGGAGCAGGGAAGCACCUACAAAAAGACCUUCAUCGGCUCCUCCCUGGUGGACUGGCUCAUCUCCAACAGCUUUGCCGCCAACCGUCUGGAGGCCGUGACCCUGGCCUCCAUGCUCAUGGAGGAGAACUUCCUUAAGCCAGUGGGCGCCCGGAGCACGGAAGCUGUUCGCUCCGGGGAUCUGGCUGAGCAGUUCCUGGAUGACUCCACGGCCCUGUACACUUUUGCUGAGAGCUACAAGAAGAAAUUAAGUCUCAAGGAGGACAUUAAUCUGAGCACUAUGGAGUUAAGUGGCACCGUGAUAAAGCAAGGCUAUCUGGCCAAGCAGGGCCACAAGAGGAAAAACUGGAAGGUGCGGCGCUUUGUUCUGAGGAAGGAACCGGCUUUCCUGCAUUACUACGACCCUUCCAAAGAAGAGAACCGGCCAGUGGGUGGGUUUUCUCUUCGUGGUUCACUCGUGUCUGCUCUGGAGGAUAAUGGUGUUCCCGCUGGCGUUAAAGGGAAUGUCCAGGGAAAUCUCUUCAAAGUGAUUACUAAGGAUGACACACACUAUUACAUCCAGGCCAGCAGCAAGGCUGAGCGAGCAGAGUGGAUUGAAGCUAUCAAAAAGCUAACGUGACAAGGACCCGAGGGAACAGGACCAGGAUUCCUCCCACCUACCAGAUGAUACAGACGGAUUUCCUGGAAAAUGAGUGUUAAUGUAACUAUUUUGUACUGUUUUGGAGUGAGUCUGAAGAGUUUCCUAGAUUACAUUUGGCAAUGGUGCUAUUUCCUUCCCCACCUUCACGUUAACAACCUGGAAAUGCUAGAACAGCUAUUAGGUGUCAGCAUGUUGACUUGCGCCAGUCAUCAUAGCCAGCCACCCUUUCUUCGGGCAAGAAAGUAGGUUUCCUUAUAACACUAACUGGCCAUGUUUUAAUACUAAAUAAAACCCUAGCCUCAUGGCAGCUCUCUCUGAAAUGCCGUCAACAACUCUUAACUCCUUCUUUGGAAUUAAUAAAAAUUGACAUUUGUUUCUGGCUAUUAGAAUUCCCUUACAAAGUUUCAGUUUUCAGGUUUUUCAUGCUCGAGGCUACAUGAAUUUAGCAAGGUGAGUAUGAAGACAUCUCAAGUGACCUCUGUGACUAAGACAUGCUUCAUCUUAAAAGAGGGAUGGUGGCAAAAUUUUGAACAAAUAGUUUUCCUUUGAAAAAUAAGCUUGCAUAAGUAUUAUACAUCACAGAAAAAUAAUGGACUCAGUUGAAGAGAUUAGUCACAUACCAAAGAAAUAAAAUAUAGCAUUACCAUGGAAAAUAGAAUUUAGAAAGCUGCAGAGCAGGAGCUCUCUAAAGGACAGAGAAAGAUAGAAACAGGAAGAGAGUUAAAUCAAGGCAUGAAAUUUUGGUUUUAAAGU